UCGAUCAAGACUUACGGUCUGAGUGGACAAUAGCUGAGCAUGCGCAGUGCAAUACAAUUCAACCGGAACCUGAACAAAUAAAAUCAAGCAGAUGCCAAAAUGUACAAUCCAUAUUAAUGACAACGUUUUUUUAUUUUGCAAAUCAUUACUUUAGUGGUUGCUUUGCUUUAAUUGUCGUUCAACACAUCGUUUAGCUCAGGUUGUUGGUGAUCUGUCAACUGGAGAAAAAUGAGGCUUAAAAUUGAGCUCAUUGGAGCUAAAAGACAACGUAGUCAUUUCUCAGUCGAUGUCGUUUCAUUUGAGCACAGUGACUUUGGAUGAAAAAUGUUGACAUUAAAUGCGCAGUUUGGCAGCUGAAUGCUAGGCUUCCACUUUGUCGCGUUUGACUCCACCCCCGCAUUCCGGGUCGUCUGCUCGGCUCGCUGAGGAAGAGGAGGAGAGAAGGAAAGCGAGUGAAAAGCAGCUGGAAAGUGUCUUUGGAUGUUGAGGCCAAGAGGAGAUGAUCGACAAACGCGAGCGCCUUCCUUCUUGAUCACUCGACGCAACGACGCACAGUCCUGCUCGUCCCGUCGACUUUCUUCCACCUCAAAAAGUUUCUGCAAACUUUUCCGGGUUUGAGAAGUUUUCGUGGGAGGAGGCCACCGGGACGCCGUCAUGGAGAUCCUGGACUCGAGCGAAAGCUUGCUGCACUGGGAUCGCAACCUAAGCGAGCUGUCCGAAGCCGGAGAUAUGGAUUGCGCCCUCUACACUAAUCACUUCUCCGAGCUUUUGGACGACCUCUCCCACGACGCUCUGCUGGGCCAGCUGCUGAGCGACCCUUUUCUGUCGGGGGCGCGGGGCUGCGGCGCGAGGAGCGACGACGGCGAAGGGGAAGACCGCGGCGACCUGUGCGCGUCGUCACCCUUGCCGCACAUCGCCGCCGAGCACAGCUACUCUCUGUGCGGCGACAGCAGGCCGCAGUCGCCGCUUUCGCACCUGACCGGCGAGCGCGGCAGCGACGCAGAAUCUGAAGGCGACUCGUCCGAGUGGCCCAUGGAGCAGGACGACGGCAUGGAGGGUCUCCUGUGCCGCGCCCCUUCCCUCCUGCUCGCCCUGGGGUCCGUCGAGGAUCCCCGAGCUCCGGAGGACCCCGCCGUCAGCCCCCCUCGCUCCCCCGUCGGCAGCCGUAACCACGACAAAAGCGUCAAAGUCAAGGAGGAAGAGGUCUUUCCUGAGAUUAAGCUGGAGCCUCACGAAGUGGAUCAGUUUCUCAAUCUGUCCCCCAAAGGUCUAGAGGCACUCCAGAUGCCACCCACCCCUCCCAGCUCGCACGGCAGCGACUCCGAGGGCAGCCAGAGCCCUGUGCGCGCCUUGCCGGGCCUGUCCCGGCCGACCUCGCCCGCCCCGGCCCAGCUGAAGGCGUCCCCCCGCGGGAACUCGUCCUCCUCGCUGUCCAACUCGCCCCUUCUCACCGCCCCCCAUAAACUUCAAGGCUCGGGACCGCUGAUGCUGACCGAGGAAGAGCGUCGCACUCUGGUGGCCGAAGGCUACCCCGUUCCCACCAAGCUGCCGCUCACAAAAGCCGAGGAGAAGGCGCUCAAGAAGAUACGCAGGAAGAUUAAAAAUAAGAUUUCGGCUCAAGAGAGUCGCAGGAAGAAGAAAGAGUACAUGGAUACGUUGGAGAAGAAGGUGGAGACAUGUUCCAACGAAAACAACGACCUCCGCAGGAAAGUGGACACACUGGAGUGCACCAACAAGUCUCUGCUGCAGCAGCUCCAAGCCCUGCAGGCUUUGCUGUCCGGCAAAGUGUCCAAAUCGUGCCGAGCGGCCGGCACUCAAACGUCAUCCUGCCUAAUGGUGGUGGUGUUGUGUUUCGCUCUCUUUCUGGGGAGCUUCUACCCAACGGGGCUCACGUCCGAAUCCGGCCCGGUCGAUAGCGGCCCCGCCUCCGGCCGGCUGGCACUCAAAGAAUCGUACACCGCCACAGUCAAGUCCAGAAGUCUACUGUCCACCUUCGAGGACGAGCCGCCGCCCGUCCUGGGACUGGGCGGCGAGUACCCCGACCAAUGGGAGGAUGCGACGGGCGCCGUCGUCAUGGCGGCGUGGCGCCGUUCGGGCGAGCAGCACCACAAAAUAACGGCGGCGGAGACCAGCCGCGCCGAGAUGCAUCCGCCUUUCAGGAGCAAAAGCAACACAACCACCGCAGAUGGCACGUACAGAUCUUUCGAGCAGAGGGCGACGAGUAGCAUCGCGUUGGAGCGAAGUGUCAACGAGACCUCCUGAGGGUCUCCGAAAACCUUGAACAAAGCUUCCACUGCUGAGUCGGCGCUUUUCGGAAAACUCCUGUCCCAAGUAAAUUUGCACUGAAUAUUUGUUUUCCUUCAUCGUCAUGCUGGCUAAUUCCCAAUAAUGAUGGAUGAUAAAUGAUGGCGCGUCUGUGGACCAAAGAGGAUACCUGCCCUAAUAUAUUUAUAGAUUUCUUUUUUUUUUUUUCUUCCAAAGAUCAUUGCUCUGGCUUAAUAUUUGAUGUUUUUAUUUCAUUCCCAUGCUGAGCGUGUCGCGCUCUUUUGAUAUUUGUCUUUUUUUUUUUUAACUUGUUUCUUUUUUUAUAUGUUGUUUGUAUGGUUUCCUGCGCUGUUUUUGGAAGCGGAGAAUAUUUGUAAAUAUUGACAAUGUAGAAGUCAGAAAAGGGAUGCGGGAUGUUAGCAUUAGUUAGCUUAGCACGAUGAAAGCCUCGUGGCCUCAUGCUGUUAUGCUAUGAUAAACUUAUGACGAGGCUUUUUUUUUCCCUUCAGCAUUUGCCAAAAAACAAAAAAAAAAAAUCAAUUUUACUAUCUAUUUUUGUAAAUAUAACUUUACCAAUGAAUAUUUUUUUUCCAAUUUAAUCACAAACUUUAUGAUGUCGGAUAUUGAUGUCAAGACAGAGAUUGACAGGAAAGCGAUGGCAUCGCGGUGACUGAAAGGAGCAACCAGUGGAGAGCCUUCUCUGCCAUAUAUCUUUUAUUUUUCGCUUGCAUAAUAAAGUAUUUUCAUGAGUA